GCCAGUAAAGGGGUGGAGCUGAGUGGAGGUGGUGUCACCAGAAAGGACACUAAAGGCAGGUCUCCUCACACCACUGUUAGCCGGCGUUUCCAGCCCCUGUGUCUGUCUAUCCAGAGCCCACUCUCACCUCAGGCAGAGGCUGACCCGGUCACCAGCACCAUGAGCUCAGACCUGGAGACGGCAAUGGAGACACUUAUCAACGUAUUCCACACCCACUCGGGCAAGGAGGGUGACAAGUACAAGCUGAGCAAGAAGGAGCUGAAGGAGCUGCUACAGGUGGAGUUCUCUGGCUUCCUGGAAUGCCAGAAGGAUGCAGAAGCUGUGGACAAGCUGAUGAAGGAGUUGGACGAGAAUGGGGAUGGAGAAGUGGAUUUCCAGGAGUAUGUGGUGAUGGUGGCUGCCCUCACAGUGGCCUGUAACAACUUCUUCUGGGAGAACAGCUGAACAGAUGGUCCCAGCAGGCACCAGCAUCCCCCUCCACCUGCCAUACCUGUCCCUCACCCAGCUUCCUUCCCUCCUACCCUACUCUCACCUCCCACAGUCCACCAAGGAUACAAGAGCAGUGGGCCAAGCCUGCAACUGUUUCAUUAAAGGCUCAUCUCUCACCA